UUUUUGCCUUAUGCGUUUCGGGGAUACUGUGAUAUUCUUCACGGCACGCAAAAACGCAUUUCUCUACGUAAAAUUGUCAACAAAUUUAAUGGAUAAUAUAAACAAACGCGCUUGCCACAUAAAUAAAACAAACCAUUAGUUUAUUUACAAAAAAAUUUCAUUUGAUCUUUUGAGUUGCAUAUAAAAUGGCUGGCCAUCGAGCUCUGGAAGACUCUGACUUGGCAUUAAUUGGCCGAGUGAAAAUGACGCCAGCAUUGUAUGACCCACGAGAUCCGGACUUUCGUCUCGCCUAUCGUAAAGAACAGGAAUGGGAAGUAGUGGGCUCGAUGAUUGGUAUGUCGUCAGCGGAGGCUAGACGCCGAUGGACUUGCCUGCGUGAUCGUUAUUCGCGUGAGCUGAAGCAAGUGCGAAUGCAUCCGGAGAAGAAUGAGUAUGGUAAUAAUCCCUUUUUUCGUCAAAUGGAUUUCUUACGCAGAUUUGUUCGAAAGCGAAGAAAUCGGCGCCGCCAUGGCUAUUUGGAAUAUGAAUUUCAAGGCCCAGAUUUCAAGAAUACAAUCAGUAUCGAGCAUGCCACGCAACUGCCAAAUAAAACUCAAAAUUCCGGAGCAGAGGAAGAUGACGGAUAUAGUUUAGAAAACUGCAAUGACGCACAAUCAGACGCAUACGCUGAUAAAAUAGACGAAAGCACCAUGGAAACGGAAGAAUAUCCAGAGUUCGUGGACGUGGAUGCAGGCGAUGUAUAUGAAGAAUGUGUUGAAACACCCGCGUCUGAGACAGAUAUCAAGCAGCAACCAGCCAGCCACUUCAGGACCAGUUCCAGUUCUAAGCAAAUAAAUGCCACUGUUGUGCCCAUAGUUGUUACGCAGCACGAUCCCAAUCACGCAGUAUACACGCUAUCAACAAGUCAUGGACACCACGAAAUGUCAACACCGGAAAACCACGCCACUUUGACACAUGCGAGCCAGCAUAAACCAAAUCAUGAUUUGUAUGCUGGCGUGAAAGAACGUAAAUCUACGUUCUUUGCUGAUGAGCAAUCCAGUUCACAACAAUCGCAGUUACAGAUUCAGCAACGGCCCAAUUCAAUAACACAACAACAACAACCCAAUUCAUAUCAAGGUGCACCAGUUGCUGAAAAUGAAGAUGAUCUUUUUGGCAAAUCGAUUGCCGUAUACCUAAGGCAAUUGUCUCGCCGUCACAAAAUAAAAGCACAAGUAGAGAUGUUUCAAAUACUUGAAAAGUACAUUGAAUUAGAAGAGAGUGGAAAGGCUACUACUAUGAAUAGUAAAUGAAAUAUGUAUCUGGUUAAAGGGUUAUGUGACUGUGGUUGAUUUAAUUUUGCCUUUACAUGAAGGAUAAGGUAAUCUGCAAUAAUUUAAUUUAUACCAUAAAUGCGUGGUUUCUCUAAGGCUUUUGAAAGCUCUUUUUUUAACAAUACUGAUAAAGAAUUACAUUUUUAUCCAAGGCAACGCAUUAUAAAAACGUAACUGUAGUUAAUUUUAAAUUAUGUAAAACGUAAAUAUUUAAGUUAAAUUCAUACAUACAUAUG